AUGGCCCUGACAUACAAGCAAUCGCAGCUCGUCAAGGGCACGAUCCCCGCUCUCCGUGAGCAUGGCGAGACCAUCACAUCCAUCUUUUAUGCCAACAUGCUCCGCGCCCACCCGGAGCUCCACGACCACUUCAACAAGGUCAACCAGGCCAACGGCCGCCAGCCGCGUGCCCUGACGGGCGUCAUCCUCGCCUUUGCCGCCAACCUCAACCACAUCAGCGAGCUCAUCCCCAAGCUCGAGCGCAUGUGCAACAAGCACUGCUCCCUCGGCAUCCAACCCGAACACUACGACAUCGUCGGCAAGUACCUCAUCCAGGCCUUCGGCCAGGUCCUCGGCCCGGCCAUGACCCCCGAGAUCCGCGAGGCCUGGACAAAGGCCUACUGGCUCCUCGCCAAGAUGCUCAUCGGCCGCGAGGCCCAGAUGUACCGCGAGUUCAACGAAGACAAGUGGUCCGGGUGGCGCAAGUUCCGCAUCGAGCGCAAGGUCGCCGAGACGGACGACAUCUUCUCCUUCUACAUGGUCCCCGUCGACGGCGGGCGGCUGCCCGACUUCUACCCGGGCCAGUACACCUCCAUCCGCACCACGAUCCCUUCCCUGGGCCACCUGCAGUCACGGCAGUACUCGCUCAGCGACGCGCCGCGGCCCGACUACUACCGCAUCACCGUCAAGCGCGACCGCGGCGUCAAGGUCGGCAAGGGCAGCGCCGUCUUCAACCUCAACCCGGGCGUCCUCUCCAACCACCUCAUCGACGACAAGAGGCCCGGCGACAUCGUCGAGCUGACGCACCCGACCGGCGACUUCUUCUUCGACACCCACGCCGCCGGCACGCUCCCCGUCGUCCUCAUCUCCGCCGGCGUCGGCGUCACUCCGCUCAUGUCCAUCUGCAACACCAUCGUCGAGCGCCAGGCCGUCCGCCCCAUCUCCUGGGUGCACUGCUCGGCCCGCGCCGCCCCUUUCGAGGAGCACAUCCGCAAGAUCGCCUACAGCCGCGCCAGCUUCACCACCAGGUUCUUCCGCUCGCAGAUUGCCGACGUUGAGGACGACGACUCGCUCUCCUCGUCGAGCGACUUCGGCCUCCGCAUGGACCUCGCCCGCAUCGACCCUGCCGAGCUCUACCUCGGCCACGGCGGCGCCGAGUACUACAUUUGCGGCCCGGAGGUCUUCAUGACCGAAAUGUCCCAGUUCCUCUUAAACCAGGGCGUCGACCCAGCGAGGGUCAAGUUUGAGAGGUUUUCCACGGGAGACCUAGCAGCGCAGACAUGA